UGAGGCACGUCUGACCAAUCACAGCUCGAGAAUCGCUCUCGCGCUGACCGCUUCCUCAUGCCCCACAUUUAACAGUGCGCAAGAGCCCCUUCUGCCUUCUCUGCUCUGCACCACGGUCAAGAUUCGACUAUCAUUGCACUGGCUUGGUCUGAUAAGAAACUGCAACAUGUCCAUCCUGAAGAUCCAUGCUCGUGAGAUUUUUGACUCCCGUGGAAACCCCACUGUGGAGGUUGACCUGUACACCAAGAAAGGUCUCUUCAGAGCUGCUGUGCCCAGUGGUGCUUCUACUGGUAUUUAUGAAGCCCUUGAACUCCGCGACAAUGACAAGACACGUUUUCUGGGCAAAGGUGUCUCAAAAGCUGUUGAGCAUAUCAAUAAAACAAUUGCACCUGCUUUGGUUAGCCAGAGUGUGUCAGUCUUGGAGCAGGAGAAGAUCGAUAACCUGAUGCUUGAUAUGGAUGGCACAGACAACAAGUCAAAGUUUGGUGCUAAUGCCAUUCUGGGUGUUUCCCUGGCUGUGUGCAAGGCUGGUGCUGCAGAGAAGGGUGUCCCUCUCUAUCGCCACAUCGCAGACCUCGCUGGCAACCCAGAAGUCAUCCUCCCAGUCCCUGCAUUCAAUGUUAUCAAUGGUGGUUCCCAUGCUGGCAACAAGUUGGCCAUGCAGGAGUUCAUGAUCCUGCCUGUUGGUGCCAGCAGCUUCAAAGAGGCCAUGCGCAUUGGUGCUGAGGUCUAUCACAACCUGAAGAAUGUGAUCAAGGAGAAAUAUGGCAAAGAUGCCACUAAUGUGGGCGAUGAAGGUGGCUUUGCCCCUAACAUCCUUGAGAACAAAGAAGCUCUUGAGCUGCUGAAGAAUGCCAUUAGCAAGGCUGGCUACACCGACAAGAUUGUGAUCGGCAUGGAUGUGGCUGCCUCUGAGUUUUACAAGGGUGGCAAAUAUGACCUGGACUUCAAGUCACCCGAUGACCCUAGCCGUUAUAUCACCCCUGACCAGCUGGCUGACCUCUACAGGAGCUUUGUCAAGGAUUACCCUGUGGUCUCCAUUGAGGAUCCAUUUGACCAGGAUGACUGGGAGGCCUGGACCAACUUCACUGCCAGUACUAAAAUCCAGGUGGUGGGCGAUGACCUUACAGUAACCAACCCCAAGCGCAUCGCUAAAGCCGUGUCUGAUAAGGCCUGCAACUGCCUGCUGCUCAAGGUCAACCAGAUUGGAUCUGUCACAGAGUCCCUGCAGGCCUGUAAGAUGGCCCAGUCCAACGGCUGGGGUGUCAUGGUCAGCCACCGCUCUGGAGAGACAGAGGACACCUUCAUUGCUGACCUCGUGGUCGGACUUUGCACUGGCCAGAUCAAGACUGGUGCUCCUUGUCGAUCUGAGCGCCUGGCCAAGUACAAUCAGCUGCUGAGGAUUGAGGAGGAGCUUGGUGACAAGGCUCGUUUCGCUGGCCAGAACUUCAGGAGGCCCAUUUGAAGCAGCAGCCUUUCAUUGGUCUUGUGUGUUUAUUGUGCUUACUCUCCCACACAUAAAGCCAUGCAAAGUCAGCUCCCGUAGAAUGGAGACAAGUUUGAAAAGCAGUGAAUUCAAAGGUCCAGCUCGGUAGUCUAUGACACGGAACACUGCUCGCCAUGACAGCCCUCCCACCCCUCCCACCCCUAUCUGUGAUUGGUAUCCAAAUAGAAUCAGUCUUUAAUUGUGUCUCUGUGUUGUGUGAGAGAUCUUUGUUUAGUGAUUUUGGUGCUCCACUGAGUAUUUUAGCAAAGAGCUAAGUUGUUCACUGUGCUGCAGUAUCCAGCACUGAGUACAUGCAUUGUAUUGCUUUUGAGAAGUGUUAGUUCUAUAUGUGUGGCAUAACAAUGAUUAAAUUAUCCUUAUUAAAAUGGAAGGGUGUGUGUGUGUGUGAAUGUUAUUUUGCAUAUUAACUCAGAUUUACAUAUAUAAUUUAAUUUGCUGUCUUUUUAAUUGUCUUUCUUAAUUAUUAUGAAACUGAACCCAUGAGAAAAAUGCAUUUACAGGAUCAAUUCAUACAAAACAGUAUAAUUUGUUUACUAAUUAAAUCAAAAGCUAUAUAAUAAAGUCACAGAAAACUUGGAAAUAUUAACAAUAUUAACGCUAAAACUGUAACAUUUCCCAGGGCCUGAAA